CCUGAGGGACAGUUCCAGCACAUGCAGCAGAGCCUACAUUCCAGCUUUGAGAGCUAUGACUUCCCUGACUUCAGGAAGGUGGAGGGCUUGAGCAUCCAUUUCAUACCACAGGUCCUGCUUUCAGGACCCUGAUACAGGACCUGACCUCAGGUGUCCAUGGCUGCCCUGUCUCUGGUCUCUUAAAGUGUAAAAUCAACCCCUGGGUCUUGUCCCAGAGGGCAGCCUGAGGUAUGGAGUAAAGCCCCCCUGGGGCUUGGAGGAAUCUACUGGAAUACCCUCAUCUAAAAGGGGAUGGUAUCCUUCGAGGACGUGUCUGUGGACUUCACCUGGGAGGAGUGGCAGGACCUGGAUGAUGCUCAGAGGACCCUCUACAGGGUCGUGAUGCUGGAGACCUACAGCAGCCUGGUGUCCUUGGGGCACUGCGUUGCAAAACCUGAGGUGAUCUUCAGGCUGGAGCAAGGAGCCGGGCCGUGGAUGGUGGAGGGAGCCCCACACCAGAGCCUCCCAGAUGUCCAGAAAGCAAAUGGCUUGAAGGAGACCAUCCAGGAAAAGCCAGAGAGACAUUUCUGGCAAGUUGUACUCCCCAACAGCAGUACCCCAACUGAGGAGAGGUUCACAUUAGGAACAAGGUUUAACUUGAGCUCAAAGCAUAUUUCAAGUCUGGAUCCAACGGGUGGGCCAGAGGGGCUUGAUGUGUGGCAGAAGGAGCUUCUCCCUAGUGAGCCUGAGGAGGUGCAGGCUGGAGAGGAGCCUGGUGGUCUUGAUGUCCCUGGGAAGCCCCCCAGGCCUCCUGAGCGGCCUAGUCUGCACAAGGUUCUAAGUGGGCAUCAGCAGUUCCAACAUUGUGGACAGGGGAAAUCCUUCACAGUGAAGGCACUGUGGACACUGAAGAGGCUGCAUGUGGGAGAGACCCCCAGCAUGCUCAGUGAAUGUGGGAAGGUCCUGGAUAAGGUGGCACUUACUGCUCAAGAGAUGACUCAGGUAAGGGAGAAAAGUUUUGAAUAUACAGGGUAUGGGAAUAUGUUCUAUACAAAAUCUAAACUCUCUAAACAUAUGAAAAUCCACAAAGGAAAGAAAUGUCAUCAUUUUAGUAACCAUGAGAUACCCUUCAUUAAGAAAUCAUAUCUUACAAAACACCAGAGUUCGCACACAGAAAAAAAAGCCCUAUGGAUAUAAUGAGUGUAAGAAAGCCUUCUGUCAGAAGUCUAAGCUGAUUGUGCAUCCAAGACCCCACAGAGGAGAAGAACACUGUGAGUGUAAUGUAUCUGGGAAAACUUUUUGCCAAAAUUCAGUCCACAGAACGGAUCAGAGCAUUCACCCAGGGGAGAAGCUCUAUGUAUGUAAAGAAUGUAGGUAAACGUUUACCCAUGAGUCAGACUUUGCUAUACAUCACAGAAUUCAUACAGGUGAGAAGCCAUAGGAGUGUAACAUAUGUGGAAAAACCUUUUGCCAAAAGUCAAGCCUGCACAAACAUCAGAGAACUCAUACAGGUGAGAAGCCCCAUGAGUAUAAAGUAUGUGGGAAAAAUCUUCUACCAGAAGUCAGACCUCAGCAGGCACCAGGGAACUCACACUG